AAAAAGAAUAUAUGUAAAACCCGGCUUAGAGAUAACGAACGGAAAAAAUUGUGCAUUUAAUUGGUCAUCUGAUUUCACCCGAUAUGGGAGUAGACCUUGUAAUUGGAGCUGCAUUGUCAGCAGUUCUGGGAGCCCUGCUGAUCACGGGAUGCAAUUCGGAGAUUCCCAGGUAUAAGUACGAGAUCAAGGAGUUCCAGGUGCCUCUGGAUCACUUCAGUUUCCUGAUCAACGCCACUUUCAACAUCCGGUAUUUGUACAACGACACCUUUGUGGACAAGGCCAAUGCCCGCACUCCGAUCUUUUUUUACACGGGAAAUGAGGGGGACAUCGAACUCUUUGCCCAGAAUACCGGAUUCCUGUGGGAACAGGCUGAGAAACAGAAGGCUCUGGUGAUCUUCGCGGAGCAUCGGUACUAUGGGAAGUCCCUGCCCUUCGGUAGUUCCACUUUUAACACCAGCAUGCCGGAGCACUUGGCCUAUUUUACGGUGGAACAGACCCUGGAGGAUUACGCCAUGCUGAUCACUUUUCUGAGGAACGAUCGCCAGAUGCCCGUUGUGGCUUUCGGCGGGUCCUACGGCGGAAUGCUGGCCGCCUGGUUCCGGAUGAAGUAUCCGCAUUUGGUCACGGGCGCAUUGGCCGCCUCGGCUCCCAUUCUGCAAUUCCCGGGUAUAACCGAUUGCGACAUCUUCUCCAGGAUUGUGACUUCGGUUUUCCAGAAUGCCUACAACGCAAAUUGCACAGUGAACAUUGGCAGGUCGUGGAAACUCUUUCAGACUCUGGGAGGGAAUGAUGCCGGCAAGAAGCAGAUAUCGGAUGCAUUCCACCUCUGCACUCCACUUAAGAGCGAUGAGGAUCUGAAGAAGUUCCUGGACUACAUAGAAGAAGUCUACAGUAAUCUCGCCAUGGUUAACUAUCCGUACAACAGCAGUUUCCUGGCCCCGUUGCCAGCUUAUCCUGUGAGGCAGGUGUGUUUCUACCUCAAGGAUUUGCACACCACCGAUGCGGAUUUGCUGCACGCCAUGGCCAGUGCCCUGGCGGUCUAUACCAACUACACUGGAUCCUCCAAGUGCCUGGAUAUUUCGGUUAACUCUAAUGCCGAUGAGUCCGGAUGGAAUAUUCAGAGCUGCAACCAGAUGGUGAUGCCCUUCUGUUCCAACGCCACCAAUACCAUGUUCCGCACAUCCAGCUGGAACUUCAAGGAGGUCGCCGAGAAGUGUUACAAGGACUAUCGCCUCACGCCCAAGCCCUAUGACAUAAUUCUACGUUAUGGCGGCAGAAACCUGGAGGCUGUGACUAAUAUCAUCUUCAGCAAUGGUCUUCUGGAUCCCUGGAGCGGUGGCGGUGUGCUGCAGUCCCCCAAUGACAAGGUCUUCGUCAUCAUUCUACCGGAGGGGGCUCAUCACCUGGAUUUGCGCCACAGCGAUCCGGCUGAUCCGCCUUCAGUGGGCGAUGCGCGCAAGAAGGAGGCAGCCAUCAUAGAACGGUGGAUCCAAGAUUUCUGAAAUGAGAUAACUUUUACAAGUUUUUCGAAGCUUAACUUAAAGCCGUAGCAAUCAAAAAUUUUUGAUAUUAAUACAAAUUUUGGAACAAAUGAAAAUGUAUUGAAAUAUUUCGAAUCUAUAUUUUGUAACACUUUUUAAAA